AUGCCUUUUUACUACGGAAAAGGAUCUAUAAGCAACGGCUGGAGCGCAUGCCUACAGACGCUCGAGGGCUAUAGCGGUUUGGUUAACUCAGUGGCCUUCUCUCACGACUCAACGCGGCUGGCGUCUGCGUCACACGACAAGACAGUCAAGAUCUGGGAUGCGAGCAGUGGCGAGUGCCUGCAGACGCUCGAGGGCCAUAGCGGUUGGGUCAGGUCAGUGGCCUUCUCUCACGACUCAACGCGGCUGGCGUCUGCGUCAGACGACAAGACAGUCAAGAUCUGGGAUGCGAGCAGUGGCGAGUGCCUGCAGACGCUCGAGGGCCAUAGCGAUUGGGUCAGGUCAGUGGCCUUCUCUCACGACUCAACGCGGCUGGCGUCUGCGUCAGACGACAAGACAGUCAAGAUCUGGGAUGCGAGCAGUGGCGAGUGCCUGCAGACGCUCGAGGGCCAUAGCGGUUCGGUCAACUCAAUGGCCUUCUCUCACGACUCAACGCGGCUGGCGUCUGCGUCACACGACAAGACAGUUAAGAUCUGGGAUGCGAGCAGUGGCGAGUGCCUGCAGACGCUCGAGGGCCAUAGCGGUUGGGUCAGCUCAGUGGCCUUCUCUCACGACUCAACGCGGCUGGCGUCUGCGUUAUACGACUCCACAGUUAAGAUCUGGGAUGCGAGCAGCGGCGCGUGCCUGCAGACGGUUGACGUUGGCAAUGCGCUUAGCAACAUAUUAUUUGACACUACUGGCUUGUAUCUUCACACUAAUAUUGGUACUAUUAGUAGUCUCGGAAGCCGAGAUAUUAAGGCCUAG